UAAAUUACGGCCCCAAUCGCAACUGUCACUGGGCCAUCAAUGGGGCCUAGGGCAUCGUGGGAACUCACCACAUCCAAUUGCCGCCGUGCGUUCUUCUCAGACGCUUAUCCCUUGGGCUGACACCAAACACUUGUGACUUCAAACACCUCCUGUUUCAACCUCACCACCGCCUCUGUCGAACCUACCUGGAUCAUUCGACCAAUAUUGCGAGUGUUGCAGAAUGGCCCCCGGACCAUCCCAUCCGUCAUGCCUGCUCCUCGGUACCGUAGAAUACUCAUUUCUCCCUGUCAGGACUACUCUUCCUCCUUUGCCUUUCCUUUGAAUCCUGUCUCCCACGCAUCUUACAGUGCAAGUGCCCAUUGCACAGUUCCUCGACAUCUGACAACGCCUAUGGUUCGGAUCUUGCUGGCAAGACUCGCCCUACGACCACGACGCUACGACUGACGACUGACGAACUCCCACAACCACGUCAUCGGGCUGGCCCGACAUCUGGAUUGACACGAACUGCUAUCUACGAACACGAUUCCAAGACGGUCAAAAAAAUGCCCAACAUGUCCACCAAAACUCUUAUUCUACCCUCAACUUACCCGUCCCAUCUCUCGCCAUCGAACCUUGCUUCUCACCAUCGCCUUAGGGCCCGGGCCAAUAUUACUCUACACAUCGUGAGCCUAAUCACCAGUCUGACAUCAAUCUCUCUGUUCUCCGCCGCAAUUCCACGUUGGAAUGCUAAUUUCUUCCACAAUUCCGGACCUAAUCGAGGAGACUGGACUGAUGGCAUCUCUUUGGGCCCGCUGUGCUUUGCCUUUGCAUAUCACACCAUUGUCCUCAUCUACGGGUUAAUUCGCAUGCAACGGCAAGCAACUGGGUCUUCUUUUUCUCCCUCACGCCGAUCCCUCACGAUUCAUACAGCCACGUCUGUUCUAGUCAUGACUAGCCUAGCGCCGUGCCUCUUUAUCGCAGGCUACGGUUCUCUGUUCCGUUUCUGGCAGCCAGCCAUGAGAACCCAGUCGGGGGUUGUGGUUUGCAACCUCUUGAACGUGUUCGCCCGUGAAUGUGAACCGGUUCUGUACAUUGUGGGCAGUUUGCAGAUUGCAGGGAUUGUUUUCGGCGCCCUGUUGUGGGUUCUACACCUCACACUAGUGUUGUUGUCCCUCCGAGACCUCAGGCGCCACAAGCUGGUCAAGCAGCUACAGAGGGAAAAGCUAGCACAUUAUGAGAAUGCGGGAUGGAGGAGAGCUUCUGACCGUCAAAAUUUGACAACGAGGUCUUCUUCAGGCAGCCCACAAGUUUCGCACCAAACUCCUCGUCAGCACCUUAACAUGCCACCGCAGGCUAGGUUGAAGACAAAUUCGCGACCCAACUCGCCCCCUCCCUCUGACGAGAACGGAGUUUCACCUAACACUCAACGUCGAUAGAUUCCCGUCCUGUCGGUGCAAUGGCCUAAAAUGGAUUUUUGGACGGCAGCCGAGACAAGGGUGACGGAAGAGAUUGAUGAAAAUUCGAAUGCGAUGUGAAACAUCCUCGUAAUGCGUUGAUACAUCCUUUGAGCUGCCCAAAAACCCUAGCCUAUAUCGCUACUGAGAUCCGCAUACGCAUACUUGUACGCAUGCGCAACUUGCAUCAAUUAGGCGACCGCGAAGCGAGAUGAAAGUACCCAAGUAUGAAUCGAUCAA